AUGAAGGUCACCUCCCUCGCCGCCGCCCUCGCCGCCACCCUCUCCGUCGCCGUCGCCGAGAUGGCCGCCACCCAAGAGAUGGCCGCCGCCCAGGCUGACUGGCCCGAGUGGCCCGACUGGGAGAACCUCGACUGGACCCUCGAGGAGGUCUCCCCCCUCGUCGUCGGCAAGGGCAAGGGCGGCAAGGGCCAGGACAUUGUCGAGAUCUCCAUCAUCGACCCCACCAUUGAGAUCGUCCCCUUCGGCAAGGGCAAGGGCAAGGGCUGGGGCAAGGGCAACAGCAACAAGCCCUCCCCUCUCCCCCAGGGGUUCAAGUGCAAGCCUGGCAGCUACGCCUGCGAGGGGUCCGAGAGGAAGGGGAGCGGAUGGAAGGUGUGCAACGUUUUGGGGGAGUGGGUGUAUGGCGGCUCCUGCGGCAAGAGGGAGAGGUGCAAGUUCAACUUGGCCAACAAGAGCCCUUACUGCUUGCCUUACUCUUACUUGUAA